AUGUCACGUCUGUCAGCUGGUCAAAUGAUGUACCCAUCCGGGCCUGUCAGAGGCCCAUUCAGAGGAGCUCUUCUACCCAAUUAUCAUCAAAUCGCCGGUGUUGCCAACCGACUGACGCCACCUUCACGACCGUCAGCAUCGUCGGUCUCUUCUGGCUCCUUGGCCUCGGCAACCAGAUCACCGCCUCCCGCCUCCAACGGCCAGAUCACACAAACAAGACCUGUCGCCAGCAGCUUAAACGCCACUCAUCAUUUCCUCUUCGACCCUCGACGACAACAUACCAGUCCCUGGUUGCCGGGCCCCUCUUCAGUUGAUCCCACCAGCCUCGGUAGACGCCCAUUACAACCGGUUCGACUACCGUAUCCUUCACCAUUGUCCAUCUCCCUACCAAUGCUGUCCGGACAACCACCUGCACCACCACGAUAUCCCACCACCAUGCCACCUCUCACAGUCGGUCUGAGCCAAAGUAGUGCCAGCAGCAGCAGUAGCCAUAGCAACAAUAACACUCACUCCAUGCUUAGUUCCGGUGACUCGUCACGACAGCCGAAUCGUGCCUCGAGGUACCAAGAAGCUGUAGAGCCGUCAGCAUCUGCCAACAAUCUGAGCUAUUCGGCUCGGCUGCCUCCGGACGCGCAGAUGCCGAAUUCCGGCAGUUCGAGACAGAUUUUGCGUCAUCAAAUGUUGACGACACUUUCGCCGGAAGACGAUUCCGAGGGUGAAUCGGAUCGUGAAUCUGAGCCUGAAAGUGACAUUGAAGAUGGCGGCUAUGAUCAGUCGGCAAGCAACGAGGCGGAGGAGGAGGCUCGAGGGCCGAACUCGAAUAGAGAAUACUAUCCGGACUCUGAGCACCAUGGAUCGUCGGAACGUGAGCCCGAGAGCGAAGAGGACACGGAGGACUAUUACCGAGGCCAACGCCGGCCAGAUGAAGCCAGCACCGAGCAAGAUCAGUACACGAUGCGGGAAGAAGAGACCCACACAACCAACCAACCACCAGAUCGACCGUAUCCGGCUCCUCUGCCGUCGCACACGUCGCCCUUGUCGCCGCCCAACAUGCACAUUCCGACUCAAACACAGCCUGAUUCCCCGAUUGCUCCAAUCACGAGAACACUGCCCAACUUCAUGUCAUACGCUCGCAGCAAUCAACCGGCUCUUCCAUCACACGGUCUUCAGGUUCCCCCGGGCGGACCCUACCAUCUCGAGCAGGCCGGUCGUCUGGGAAGUCCGGAAAUGCUCAACUGUACCAUUCGAUUGCCAGAACUGCCCGGCAUUUUGGUAUAUCCCCACAUGAGGUAUGCAUGGCUGGACAGACGAGGUCGCCUCAUCGGUCACAGUAAGACGCAUGUGAUUGACCGACUUCGAUGGUCCGAUGCCGGAGUCUACACAUGUCAAGUCUCCUCGAUCAAUCCGUACACGCAACAGGAGAUGAUGGCCUUCAUGCGAGUUCGGCUACGGGUCUUCAGUAAGUGA